GGAUCUCCUGGGCGCGUUAAGGAGGGGGCGGGCCCGGGGACGCGGGCCCCAGGGGCGGUUGCCGCGGGGACGGGGUGGGGACGCGGCCCGAGGGCGGAAGUGAGAAAGUUGCCGGCGUCCCGAGACGAGUCGGCGGAGCUGUGCGCGCGGCUCGGCGAUGGGGGGCUCGGGCAGCCGCCUGUCCAAGGAGCUGCUGGCCGAGUACCAGGACUUGACGUUCCUGACCAAGCAGGAGAUCCUCCUAGCCCACAGGCGGUUCUGUGAGCUGCUUCCGCCGGAGCACCGGAAGACGGAGGACUCACUGCAGGCACGAGUGUCCCUGGAGCAGAUCCUCAGCCUCCCAGAGCUCAAGGCCAACCCCUUCAAGGAGCGAAUCUGCAAGGUCUUCUCAACCUCCCCAAACAGAGACAGCCUGAGCUUCGAGGACUUCCUGGACCUCCUCAGUGUGUUCAGUGACACAGCGACGCCAGACAUCAAGUCCCACUACGCCUUCCGCAUCUUCGAUUUCGAUGACGAUGGAACCUUGAACAGAGAAGACCUGAGCCGGCUCGUGAACUGCCUCACAGGAGAGGGCGAGGACACGCGGCUCAGUACUUCAGAGAUGAAGCAGCUCAUUGACAACAUCCUGGAAGAGUCCGACAUUGACAGGGAUGGGACCAUCAACCUCUCCGAGUUCCAGCACGUCAUCUCCCGUUCACCGGACUUCGCCAGCUCCUUCAAGAUUGUCCUGUGACGGGAGCCACAGCGUGUGUCCCAGAACCUUUCCAAAGAACCUUUCCACUGCUGAGCUGUGGCCAAGGUUACGCCCGUGUGCCAGAGCCGCCAGGCCGGCCCAGUCGAGCUGGCAAUGCGCAGUUUGUCCUGGGUGGGGGAGGGCUCUCCAUGUCAGGGCGUCUCCCCUUCUCACUGCCAUCGUCAUUUGCUCUGUUUCUACUAAUCAGUAAUAAAGGUUUAGCGGUUUUGACCCUG